AAUGUAUUAAUUCAAAGCCAACACUACUGAACUAUUCCCCAACUUUUCCCCACUAUACAACUCACCCAGCUCAAGACCUCUGUUCUAUUCCAACUCUCAUGUCCAAACUCCAAACUUCAAUGGAGGUUUUCAACCACACACAAGCUUUCUCACUCAUUUUCCUCCUCUUCCUCUCACCUUUCCUUCCACCAUUUCCAUCCCAAGCAUGCCAUACAGUAGACAAACAAGCAUUACUCCAAUUCAAACACCAAAUCACCUCUGACCCUUCAAAACUCUUGCAUUCAUGGACAUCUUCUUCAGAUUGCUGCACAACCUGGGAUGGCAUUGCCUGUGACACAUCCGGCAGAGUCAUCAACGUCUCUCGUCCCGGCCUCAUCUCCGACAACGACUUCCUCAUCGAUACCUACAUGUCCGGCACACUCUCCCCUUCUCUUGCCAACAUCACAUUCCUUCAACUUCUUGACCUCAGCAAUCUCAAAAAAUUGCAGGGUCACAUCCCACCUGAAUUUGGCAUGCUUUCACACCUAAUCCACCUCUUUCUUGACUCAAACAAGCUCAAAGGCUCAAUACCAAUUUCAUUUCAAUACCUUUUUAGGCUAAACAAGCUUUAUCUGAGUGACAAUGACUUAUCUGGUUUUGUCCCUAACCCUGUUUUUGAGUAUUUAGCUUCACUUUCUGAACUUGGGCUUUCAGGAAAUCAGUUGUCUGGUUCAAUCCCAUCUUCAAUUGGCAAAUUGGUUUUGUUAACUAAGCUUGAUCUUCAUCAAAACAACUUCUCUGGUGCUAUUCCAAACACCAUUGGCAAGCUCCAGAAUCUCAAAUAUCUUGAUUUGUCAGAAAAUCAAUUAAGUGGUAGCUUACCAAAGUCUAUAGGUGGACUAUCUGAAUUAGUACUUUUAUAUCUUAACCAAAACCAACUUAGUGGAAGUAUUCCUUUUUCCAUAGGUGGACUAAGUUCUCUGAAAUUUUGCCGAUUAUCGGAGAACAAGCUCAGUGGGAGAUUACCGGCAUCAAUUGGUGUGCUUCCGAAGAUCGAAAGGCUAAUUUUUGAGAACAACAAGCUCAGUGGAAAAAUCCCCGCAACCAUUGGACAUCUCAUCACUGUCACUGAUGUUUUCUUCUCAAACAAUCAAUUUACAGGGAAAAUCCCAUCAAGUUUUGGCAAUUUGCAUAAUCUCCAGACCUUGGAUCUGUCAAGAAACCAACUCUCUGGUCCAAUUCCUCCUCAGCUUGCUAAAUUACAAAGCUUACAAACCUUAGAUUUGUCUUUUAAUCCUUUGGGACUAGUGAGGAUGCCGAAUUGGUUCAAAAAUUUGAAACUUUUUCGGUUAUUGUUAGCGAAAACUGGGCUCAAAGGGCAGCUUCCAAGAUGGUUCUCAUCAUCAGCAUCCAUAUCUACACUUGAUUUAUCAAGCAAUGCACUGACAGGAAAAUUGCCUUCUUGGAUAGGAAACAUGACUAAUCUUUCAUUCCUUAAUUUAUCAAGCAACGGGUUUCAUUCAUCAAUUCCUGCAGAUUUCAGGAACCUGUCACUCCUAAUGGAUCUUGAUCUCCACUCCAACAAGCUUUCAGGACCCAUUGAUGCAAUCUUCGCGAAAAAUGUUCAGGACCCACUUGGACAGUUCAACUCCAUCGAUCUUUCAAACAAUAAGUUCACUGGUCCUAUUGGUGAGGACAUUGGAGACAAACCUGCAAUGGCUUCUAUCGUUUCGCUCAUUCUCUCGCGCAAUCCAUUGGGAGGAUCAAUGCCCAAGUCAUUGGGGAAAUUGAGUGGAUUGCAGGUGAUUGAACUUGUUGGUAAUGGGCUUUUUGGGAAUAUACCAAUUGAGCUUGGCAAUGCCAAGCAAUUGACAACAAUUGUGCUAUCACACAACAAUCUGAGUGGUGCUAUUCCACAACAGGUUCUGAAUUUGGGGAAACUUCAAGUGUUUGAUGUGUCUGCAAAUAGACUUAGUGGGAGAAUUCCUCCUCACAAGGCUAUUAUCCCUGUAUCUUCAUUUUCCGGGAAUCCCGGCCUCUGUGGAGCUCCACUUCCUCCUUGUAAGCACUCGUAGUACCUCCUCAGCAAUCACAUCUUUCAUCCUCAGUUUCAUUAUCUUUCUUAAAAAGAAAAGAAAAAAAAAAAAGAAAGAAAAAGGAACUGCUUUGAUUGUUCACCAAAAUUUUAAGUAUACUUGAUUUUACAUAUUUAUAGUUUUC